AUAAUUUUUUGUUUAGGCAUACCACUAUCCCGUCAGGACAAAUCAGAUUCCGAGACAAGUUCCUGAGCAGCCUCUUUAUUUAAAUCCGGCUCUCAUCACGCUGUUCACCGGUAUUCUACCGUUCGCCGCCAUGUUCUUGGAACUCUUCUUUAUUUUUACCGCAAUUUGGCAGAACCAGUCUUAUUACCUGUUCGGCUUUCUGUUCUUGACGUUCUGUGUUCUGGCGGCUUUGUCGGCGAUGGUUACGAUUUUGGUCACUUAUCUGCAAUUUUGCAAGGAGGACUAUCGAUGGUGGUGGCGGUCAUUUAUUUGCGGUGGAAGUUCUGCGUUCUACGUUUUCAUGUAUUCGAUGUACUAUUUCUAUGCCAAGGUAAGGCGGCUAAACUUCUGCUUUACAUGCAUUCUUUUUUCGGCGAAAUUUUUACUCUAA